GGCCAUCAUGGCGUCUCCCAGUGGGAAGGGACCCCGGGCGCCGGAGGCUCCUGGGUGCGGGCCCCGGCCGCUCGCCCGGGACCUGGUGGACUCUGUGGACGACGCGGAGGGGCUGUACGUGGCUGUGGAGCGCUGUCCGCUGUGCAACACUACCCGCCGGCGGCUGACCUGCGCCAAAUGCGUUCAGAGCGGCGAUUUCGUCUACUUCGACGGCCGCGACAGGGAGAGGUACGGCGGCCGCCACGGCCCUAUUGUUUCUUCUGCUGUGUCUCCUCCAGCCAGGCGGCCAAAGGCUGGAACCUGGGGCUCCCCGUCCCGGCACGAGAUCCCGGCGAGAGGAGGGAGAGAGAGGGAGUUGAUUAUUAAAUUUGUUAGAGUCAUGAUUAGACCGCUGUAUUUCUUCCUCUUAGGUAUCUUGGGAGUGUUAAAAGCUAUGGAAGGAAAAUGGAUAACAGAUCAGUUGAGAUGGAAAAUAAUGUCCUGCAAGAUGAGGAUUGAACAGUUAAAACAAACAAUAUGUAAAGGAAACGAAGAAAUGGAGAAAAAUUCUGAAGGCCUUCUCAAAACCAAGGAAAAGAAUCAGAAGCUUUACAGUCGAGCACAACGGCACCAAGAGAAAAAGGAGAAGAUUCAGAGGCAUAAUCGCAAACUUGGUGACCUGGUAGAAAAAAAGACCAUUGACUUAAGAAGUCAUUAUGAGCGUCUGGCAAAUCUUCGACGAUCCCAUAUAUUAGAGCUCACCUCUGUCAUUUUUCCAAUCGAGGAAGUAAAGACUGGUGUGAGAGACCCCGCAGAUGUGUCUUCAGAGAGUGACAGUGCCAUGACCUCCAGCACUGUGAGCAAGCUCGCCGAAGCCCGGAGGACAACUUACCUCUCAGGACGAUGGGUCUGUGACGACCACAAUGGAGACACCAGCAUCAGCAUUACAGGGCCUUGGAUUAGCCUCCCUAACAAUGGGGACUACUCUGCCUACUACAGCUGGGUGGAGGAGAAGAAAACAACCCAGGGGCCUGACAUGGAGCAGAGUAACCCUGCCUACACCAUCAGUGCUGCGCUGUGCUAUGCAACUCAGCUGGUCAACAUUCUGUCUCAUAUACUUGAUGUAAAUCUUCCCAAAAAGCUGUGCAACAGUGAAUUUUGUGGCGAAAAUCUAAGCAAGCAGAAAUUUACUCGAGCAGUGAAGAAACUGAAUGCAAAUAUUCUUUACCUUUGUUUUUCUCAGCAUGUAAAUUUAGAUCAGUUACAACCACUGCAUACCCUCAGGAAUCUAAUGUACCUGGUCAGCCCGAGCUCUGAACACCUAGGCAGGUCAGGGCCCUUUGAAGUACGAGCAGACCUUGAGGAGUCCAUGGAAUUUGUGGAUCCUGGAGUUGCUGGAGAAUCAGAUGAGAGCGGAGACGAGCGCGUCAGCGAUGAAGAAACCGACCUGGGCACAGACUGGGAGAACCUGCCUAGUCCCCGGUUUUGUGAUAUCCCUUCCCAGUCCGUGGAAGUCUCCCAGAGUCAGAGCACCCAGGCAUCCCCACCCAUCGCGAGCAGCAGUGCAGGUGGGAUGAUCUCCUCUGCAGCAGCCUCGGUGACCUCCUGGUUUAAAGCUUACACUGGACACCGUUAAUGAGCAUGGACCAAAACAUGCCAAAUCUGCAUCAAGAAAGUUCUUCUCCCACUACACUCUAGUAAACAUUAUCUGUUUAAGUUAAGAUAGUGCCUGGAACAAAGGUUAAAGUGUUUCUUUUUUUUUAAGCAGGGAGACAAACAUUUCUAUUUGUCAAGUAGCCUGUGAUGGUGACCAAUAUGCUUAUGAUACUUAAUAGAACAGGGGUUGAAGGUCUUUCUGCCCAGACCAGUGUUGGUGGAAGGAGGACCUGUGCGUGUGGCCAGUUCUGCCAAGGAAGCAAUUGAUUUGGGUUUCCUCUGGGCCCAGGCCACCAGGCCCACAGACCUGGGUCAGUGCACUGGUCCUUGCGGUGCUGAGACUGUUCCUGACACUAAGUUUUAGGGGUUGGUUGAAUCACAAGAGGUGAUUCUUGAUUAUUAGGACAUGAAAGAUAAAAGCUCUUUAAUAAAGAGUUUUUCUGCCGUUGAUUUUUUUGUACGGAGAAGCAGCAGGCAAUGUGAAAUGAUUUCUUUAUAAUUUGGUCCUUUAAUUUUGUUUGGGAGGGGUGAGUUACACGUAUUGCAUUCAUGCUGCUCUGUCGUAGUUUGUCAGACAUUUCUGUUUUUCUUUGCCCCACACACCAAAGAAAAUGAAAGUCUUUUUCUUUAGGACCCACAUCCAUAAAUGGAAGAAAUCCUGGCUGCAAUAAUGUCCUAGAGAGUUUUUAACUAUUUUCUUGUAUUCUGAGGGGAAUUAAGCCUAUUCUUACCUAGUUGAUUGAAGUCCUGCCAUCUACACUAUGAGCAUUUUGAAAUUGAACUUAUCCUCUCUGGGUGAAAAUAAGUCAUGAAGGUCAUUCCCUUAUGUAAGCUCAGUGCCUGCCUGGGCACGGGGGAAAAGCCACUUAGUUCAGUGGCCUCUGGUCAUUUUUGUGGUGUCCAGUUUCUUUCUGUGGGAUUGAGUAGGUGGCAGGUGUUUUCAGGGGAAACCAUCCUGCUUGUUUCCCUGAACUCUUUGUUGCUCUGAGAACACAGCUUUGCUCAGAAAUGUAGUGCAGAUCCUUACGGCUUGAUGCUGCUCUGCUCUGUUCUGGGGAAAGCACAAUAUAAAGAAUUUCUCAGCUGGGCACGUGCUGGGAUUACAGACGUGAGCCACCAUGCCCGGGCCCUUGUGGGUUCUUCGACACUGCUGGGAUCUCUGUUUUAAGUGCUCAGCUUCAUGAUUGCUGGGCUUCCAUUUUCCCAUCCAGUUCUGGAGUUCAUAGAGAGUGAAGAUGGUGGAUUUGAACAGAUACCAAAUAAACACGAUCUUGUAAGAGUUGUCUAGCUACCUAAAACCCUCAGAAGAGCUUAGUCUCACCAGUUGUAAGAGUGGGAUUUGGAGCUUGGUGGUGGAGAUUGACUUCAGUUGAGAGAUACGCAAUCGUAGUGGUUUUCUUAAGCCUCUUAUGAAACCAUGAAUGUGAGAUGAAGCUAAAGAAUAGAAUCCAGAGAUCACAAACUCAUCUAGAGUACUUCAACAAAAUUUACAAAUGUGGGAACUUUAGUGAUAGGAUAUAUUUUGUUGUUGUUAAUAUCAACUAGAGGCACUUUAUGUAGGGUUAAGUGAUCAAACCCUUUUGUGGUUUUGAACACCAACAUACUGGCUUACACCUGCUGAAAUAUUUUGGGUUUCAUUAUUUUGCACUGGAUCCACCCUGUAAAUACUCUUAAGUAUACAUUUCAACCACUGUUUUUUCUACUCUUUUUGCUGCUCAUUAAAAUCUUUCAUGUAGGUGCCAGAACCAUAUGUAAACAGCUUUUUUAAAAAUUGAAGCUGGUAUUUUUUUUAAACAAAAAGCCAUAGAACUGGGUCAUGUUUUCCAUUUUAAAAUGAUUUAUUGAAACAAGGUAAUACUAAUAAAAACCCACAGGCACCAAACAGGCUGCUUAAAAUGGUCUGUUAAAGACAUUUUUUGAUAAUGGAAUAUAACUGAGAAAAGUUUUGCACAUCUGUAAGGGGGAAAAACAGUGUAUCACCAUUGGGUAGAGUGGAUAGGACUCAUGUAAGGACUCACAUCAUUUGGGGAAGAGCAUUCAGUGGCCUGCUGUUAGAGGACUAGUGUCCGAGGAUCUCACAGUAUCCUACUGCAGGAAUUCCCCAUUGCUCUGCAACUUCUAAACCAGUUUGAGUCAUACAAAUGUUUUCUAAACUUUUAUUGUAUUACUGCAAUAAAUCUUUUAACUGUA